AUGCCCCUACAGUCACGCUCGUAUGUGCGACCGUCCUAUCGCCGAGAUUUCCAUAUCGCGAUCAUCUGCGCAUUGGCAGUCGAAUACGAUGCCGUCUCCCUCCUCGUGGACGAAUUCUGGGACAGAAAUGGCCAUCAAUACGGACGCACCUCGGGGGAUCCCAACACGUAUAGGAAUGGGAGAAUCGGGGAGCACAACGUCGUGCUAUUGCUACUCCCAGGGAUUGGUUCGGCAUCGGCUGCCUCGGCUGCGGCGAGCUUACGCAAGAGCUAUCCAAUGAUAAAUCUGGUUUUCCUCGUUGGAGUCUGUGGUGGAGUGCCUUCGGUCGGAGGACUUCCUAGCAAAUUUGUGCCAAAGGAUGCGACUGAGAUCAGCAGACACGCGCCCAGCAAAGAUAUUCGCGGCCUCAUCGCCUAUCUCAAAACAGGGUCUGGGAGGAUGGAGUUGGAAGAGGUUACUGACGAAAACUUGAGAGCUAUUCGACAUGCAGCGGCCUCCAAGUCUUUUGAGCAUAGCUACGAGUAUCCCGGUCCCUCGGAGGAUGAGCUAUUUGCGGCAACAUAUAAUCACAAGCACCGGAAUUUAGCUUGUGAUGUCUGUGAUGAAGACAUAUUCUGCGAGGAGGCCUCUAAAGCAUCUUGCGAUGAACUUGGCUGUGACAAAACCCAGCUAGUUCCGAGAAAGCGCUUAAGAACCCCUCAAGCUGGCCGUCCUGGGAUUUUUAUUGGGCGAGUCGCUUCUGCGGAUACGGUGAUGAAAUCUGGACAGCAUCGAGAUUGUAUUGCAGAAUGGUGCAAUGCUAUCGCUUUUGAGAUGGAGGGGGCUGGGCUAUGGGAUGAAGUCCCAAGCAUCGUGGUCAAGGGGGUUUGCGAUUACGCUGAUAGCCACAAACACAAGGCAUGGCAACCAUUUGCUGCUGCAACUGCAGCGGCUGUCACAAAAUCGAUUCUCAAUCGAUAUGGCAUCACCAAUGAUGCCGAUUCUUUUGGAGCAGAGUCAGCGGUUGAUAAAGACGUCGCAAGAUACGGUCAAGAUAUUGAGCAUCACGUAUCUUAUCCCGGAGCAACUGCCAGAUAUCAGGGUAGAGACAUGUGGAUUCAUGAUCAGAAGAGGCCAUUUGGGCUGCUUGCUUCCCUCUCGGUUCUUGACCACCUGACUCCUCUCAAGCAAGCUCGUCGAAAGCGGCAAAGUGGCACAGCAGAAUGGUUGUUUGAAACAAAAACGUUUGAUCGCUGGGUUAGUGAUGACGGGUUUUCGGCUCUUUGGUGCUCUGGGAAGAUUGGCUCAGGUAAAACGAUCCUUGCAGCAAGCGUGGUUGAUUGGAUCCUAACUGAGAUACACGACUCCAAAGCACUGGUUUCCUUCCUCUUCGUACGCUUUGACGACUACAUGUCAUUGGAAACCGAAUCUAUUUUGAAGUCGAUAUUAUUCCAGGUUUUGGAUAAAGCUGGCUUCCCCGACGAAGUUGCCGUACUGCUUGCGGAUGCACAGCACAAAUUAUCAUCCACCCCUAAGGAUCUUAUCAACAUGCUGGGUUUGGCAUAUACGACGUUGGAACUUAAAAGGAUCUACAUCGUUAUUGACGGGAUAGAUGAGUGCCCAAAACAAGAACGUGACAGCCUCCUUAGUGCACUCGCUUCAUUAAGAUUGUUCGAAUUGAACAUAAGAGUAUUUAUCUCCGGCCGCGAAAGCGUGUCUAGCGAGGUGAACAUGGAAUUCCGUCAUCUCAGCCACUUAUCUAUGAGGUCUCAGCUCGCCCAAUCUGACAUUGCAACUUAUAUUAACAAGACCGUUGACCAAAAGUUGCGGAAUGAAGAACUGAUUGUCGGAGACAAUGAUCUCAUUGAAGAGAUCAAAGACGCCCUAAGGCAAGGUGCAGACGGCAUGAUGCUCUGGGUGGCCUUCCAGAUUGAUGCACUCUGUUCACAGCGUUGUGAUGAGGAUAUCAGACGAAGCAUCAACGACCUACCGAAGGAUUUGACCGAGGUCUUCAACAGAGCCCUUUGGCGAAUUGUUGCUCAGAAUAAUACGGAAAUUGCCUCGAGGUGUUUCCUGUGGGUCGCGGCGGCAAAGAGACCCCUUUCGAUCAAUGAGCUCAAGGAGACCAUUUUGAUUGAAAUUGGUCAAGAACACUCUAAACCAGAGCGAUGGCCGAAUGGCAUCCACAAGAUCUGCUCCUGGUGUGAGAAUCUAGUCCAAGUCGACGAGGAAACACGAAUAGUACAAUUUCCCCACCGUGCCGUUCGUCAAUUUCUAAUUGAAAAAUGUACCGAUAGCCAACUGGAGAACUUCCAUGUUGAUCUCAAGCAAGCCGAUCACCAUGUAGGGGAAAUAUGUGUGACAUACCUCAAUUUCACUGAUUUCAAAUUGGCUCUGGCUGAACGAACACCACCGCGGUCCUUGCCCAAGUUUCGGUUUUCCGCUGUAGAGCAAAUUGUUCUAGCGAGCGAGCAGAGAUAUUCUGCCAUUCCUUCUUUUGUUGCAAAGCUGAGAUCAAUGAUUGGGAAGAUGCCAGAGGCCUCUAAUGGAGUGGGAGCUCUACCUAGUUUCAUGUCAGAUCAUUCCGCGUCCAGGGUAGACUCAAACAAGCCCAAUCAUUCAUUCUUGAGAUAUGCAUCAGAGAAUAUGCUAUUACACACAAAAUCGUUCCAACAGCAGAGUUCUAUCAUGUGGGAGCAUUGGGAAAAGAUGAUACUUCACGAGAAUCAUCUCAUCCAAUAUCCGUGGGGCAUCAGGCCUUUCAAGGAAGACGACCCUAUCAUCAUUGCAUGGUGCUGUAAAGUGUCCCAUGUUGCUCUGCUACGCUUGAUCUACCGCCGUAUAGAGCUCCUUGGGAUGCAAGUGCCUGAAAGAUUAUCGGUAUGGAAAGCCGUGGAAUGCUAUGAUCUGGACUUCCUUUCCUUGCUGAUAGAUGCUGGAGCUGAUGUGAACCUUCGAACAUCUCAGGGGUACACGGCACUCCACUACGCUACUUCAAAAGGCAGUAUGUGUCUCGUUAGCAGACUGAUAGCUGCUGGAGCCGAUGUGAAUCUUCGAACACAACCACCCAUGGACUUUACUGCGCUCUACCCCGCCGUCACACACGUGUUUCAUACUGAUGGUAGAUACCUUGAAACAUUCGAUGGAUACAGUACACUGCCCUACGCUACUUCGGAGGGCAUUGUGCGCAAUUUUGACGGGCUUCUGGCUGCCGGGGCUGAUGUAAAUCUUCAAAUGUUUAAAGACUCCACUACGCUCUACUCUUCCAUACCCUUUCGCGACUCGGGAGCUACUGGAAGAACUGGGGCAUUUGGCGAAGAUGUGGAUCUUCAAACUUCCGGGGGCUCUACUGCACUCCACAUAGCUAUUAAACGGGGCUGCGUGGACGUUGUUGAUGAGCUUCUAGCUGCAGGGGCUGACGUGAAUCUUCGAACGUCUGAAGGCUCAAAUGCGCUCUAUGUUGCUGUUGAGUAUAGUCGUGUGGAAAAUGUUCACUCACUUCUGGCAGCAGGUGCUGAAGUGGAUCUUCGAACGUCCGAUGGCUCUACUGCACUCCACAAGGCUGCUUUCCAAGGCAAUAUAGAUAUUUUUGAUUGGCUUCUAGCCGCUGGGGCUGACGUGAAUCUUCAAACGUCUGAAGGCUCAACUGCGCUCUAUGUUGCUGUUGAUUAUAGGCGUGAAAACAUUGUUGACAGACUCCUGGCAGCAGGGGCUAAUGUGAAUCUUGGAACCUUCAAGGGCUUUGGUGCACUCCAACGGGCUGCUAAACAGGGCAGCGUGCACGUCGUUGAUAGGCUUCUGGCAGCAGGGGCUGGUGUGAAUCUUCAAACGUCUGAGGGCUCUACUGCGCUCCACGAGGUUGCUUCCAAAGGCAAUAUAGAUGUUGUUGACAGACUCCUGGCCGCUAAUGCUGAUAUCAACCUUCAAGCAUCUAAUGGAUACUCUGCCCUCCUCUACGCUACUUCAAAGGGCAAUGUAGGCGUUGUUGACAGACUUCUGGCUGCCGGGGCUGACGUGAAUCUUCAAACAUCUAGAGGCUCUACUGCGCUCCACAUUGCUGUUCAACGUGGCCAUAUGGAGAUUAUUGAUAAGCUUCUAAUCGUUUGUGCUGGUGCUGGUGUCAACAUUCGAGACCUUUCUGGAAAUACUGCACUCCACUACGCUACUGCAAAGGGCAAAGUGGAUAUUGUCAACAGUCUUUUAGCAGCUGGAGCCGAUACUAUUAAGUGA